GGGAAAAACAGAAGAAGAGAAGCUGAAGUUGAAGAGAGAGCAAGCGGAGAGGGUUUACAAUUUUCCCUUUCGUCUUCAAGACUUGCUCUCUGCCAUCGGCGAAAACACCAGAUUCUCCGCCAUCGCCAUGAGUGCUCUACAGUACCUCGAAUCUCAGCGCAACGCGCAACCUGAGCUCGCCGAGUGGUACAAUUCCCUCGCGGAUCUGUACCAGAAGAAGCUAUGGCAUCAGCUCACUCUCAAGCUCGAGCAAUUCGUUGCUCUCGCCGUCUUCCAGGCUGGUGAUGCUCUCAUACAGCUAUAUCACAACUUCAUCACCGAUUUUGAGACGAAGAUCAAUCUCCUUAAGCUUGCCCACUUCGCAGUGGUAGUUUCCCGGCAGUAUCAGGAGAAAGAGGCUGCCAUUGGGUAUCUUGAUGGCGUGAUUGAAAAGCUCCAGGCUACUAGGGAGCAACGUAUAGAGGAACCGGUACUUUAUAUCAAGAUGCAGGUAGCCAUAUUCAAGCUUGAGCAAGGCGAUCAGAAAGAGUGCAAGAAGCUUCUAGAAGAUGGGAAGAGUACACUGGACAGCAUGACUGACAUCGAUCCCUCAGUGUAUGCCAGUUAUUAUUGGGUUUCAUCUCAGUUCCAUAAAUAUCGCCAAGACUUUGCUGAUUUCUACAGAAGUGCACUUCUGUAUUUGGCGUACACAUCAGUGGAGUCCCUCUCAGAUUCAUUCAAGCUGGAUUUGGCAUUUGAUCUGUCUCUUUCGGCGCUUCUGGGAGAUAAUAUCUACAACUUUGGAGAGCUGCUUGCACAUCCUAUUAUAAAGAGUCUGCUUGGCACACAAGUGGAGUGGCUCUACUAUAUUCUCCAAGCAUUUAAUGCUGGUGAUUUAGUUCGGUAUCAAGAACUAUGGCAUGUGCAUGAGUCUGCCCUAAAAUCUCAACCAGCGUUAGUUGAAAACAAGAACAAGCUACUGGAAAAGAUCAACAUUCUGUGCCUUAUGGAAAUUAUCUUUAGCCGUCCAUCUGAAGAUCGAACCAUUCCAUUAAAGGUCAUUGCUGGGCGCACAAACCUCUCAAUAGAAGAGGUGGAACAUCUUCUGAUGAAGAGCCUCUCUGUCCAUCUGAUCGAGGGUAUAAUUGACCAAGUGGAAGGGACAGUAUACGUGUCAUGGGUGCAGCCGCGAGUUCUGGGGAUUCCACAAAUCACGUCGUUGAGAGAUCGGCUGGACGGCUGGUUGGGUAAAGUGCACACAGCGUUGUUGUCCAUCGAAGCUGAAACGCCUGAUCUGCGGCUUCGUAUGUGUGGUGGGAAGAGUAGAGUAGAGGACAUUAGAACAGAUGACAUCGUCUCUUCUACUUCUGCAGAGUGGCCCUGCAAAAGGCGGGCGACAGUCCUCGUCGCUCUGCUCCUUUUCUGCGCCGAUCAACUGUUUCCCUCUUCACAACGAAUCCGGAGGCCGAGACAGCUAAUUCAGGGGGAAAUUCAGAUUAGGCUGAAGAAGAUGGCCGUAGUUGCUUCUGCUCCCGGGAAAGUGUUGCUGACUGGCGGCUACUUGAUACUGGAGAGGCCCAAUGCCGGGAUCGUGCUGAGCACUAACGCUAGAUUCUACGCCAUUGUUAAACCUCUCUUCGAUCACCUCAGCCCUGAGAGCUGGGCCUGGGGUUGGUCUGAUGUCAAGCUGACUUCUCCCCAGCUCAAUAGGGAGAGCAUGUACAAGUUGUCUCUUAAGAAUUUUAAUCUUCAGCGAGUCUCCUCCAGGCAAGUCCUUUUGGAGUCUCUUCCUGGAUAAUAUGCUGUUGCGGCUGCAAAUGCUACCUUUGAUAGAAGUAAGAAGGAUGCCUUAGACAAGCUACUUUUGCAAGGUCUUGAUAUCACAAUUUUGGGUGGUAAUGACUUUUAUUCAUACCGAAGCCAGAUAGAAGCACAUGGUCUCCCUUUGACAUCAGAAUCACUGGCGUCACUCCCUCCUUUCAAGUCUAUCACUUUUAACGCUGAUGAGAAUGCAAGUGGUCAACAGUGUAAGCCUGAAGUUGCAAAGACAGGUCUGGGCUCAUCUGCAGCAAUGACCACUGCUGUGGUUGCUGCUCUACUCAAGUACUUUGGACUAGUCGAUCUUUCUACCUCCAGCUAUAACGAAACUGAAGAUCUUGAUCUGGUUCAUAUCAUAGCUCAAAGUGCUCACUGUAUUGCCCAAGGCAAAGUUGGCAGUGGGUUUGAUGUCAGUUCUGCAGUUUACGGUAGCCAGAGAUAUGUCCGCUUUUCACCCUCUGUGCUUUCAUCUGCCCAGGAUGCAGUGAGAGGAAUGCCAUUACAGGAAGUCAUAGUCGAUAUUCUGAGAGGAAAUUGGGACCACGAGAGGACUAAGUUCUCUUUGCCUCCGUUGAUGACCUUGUUACUUGGGGAACCAGGAGUUGGAGGAUCAUCCACACCAUCAAUGGUAGGUGCAGUAAAAAAGUGGCAGAAAGCUGAUCCACAGAAGUCUCAAGAAACAUGGAGGAUAUUGUCAGCAGCAAAUUCAGCGCUGGAAACACAACUUAAAGCUUUAAGCCAACUUGCAGAAGAGCAUUGGAUUUCAUAUAAAUCGGUGAUAGACAGCUGCAGCACAACAAAGACUGACAAGUGGGUGGAGCAAGCUGCUGACCACAACCAAGAAGCUGUUGCUAAAGCAUUACUGGGGGCAAGAGAGGCAAUGCUCGAGAUCAGAAGGCAUAUGCGCCAGAUGGGAGAAGCUGCCGGUGUUCCAAUAGAGCCAGAAUCGCAGAACAAAUUGUUGGAUGUUACGAUGAACAUGGAAGGAGUUUUGCUGGCCGGGGUCCCCGGUGCAGGUGGGUUUGAUGCAGUAUUCGCUGUGACGUUGGGGAACUCUAGCAGCAGCAAUCUUGCAGCAACCUGGAGCUCGCUCGAUGUUCUAGCAUUGCUAGUACGAGAAGACCCGUGUGGUGUUCGCCUAGAACGUGGUGAUCCGAGAAGCAGUGAGAUCACAUCAGGUGUUUCUGCAAUGAGCAUCCAGUAGGGGGUAUCUCCAGAUUUGUUGUAGUGAAAUGUAUUCUAUUGUUGGAAUGAGAGAACUGAGCGAGAGAUUGUGCAAUACGAGGUUUAGUUUAGGUUGUUUAUGGCUUAAACUGGAAGAUGCAAAGACCCUUUUGGUCUGAAUAAUGUGGUAGUUUGGUUUGAUAGGAGGAAGAGAAUAAUUAAUGGAAGGAGUGGGGAGUUAAAAGACUUAAUUUGUUCUUUACAUUCGAAUUCGAUAUGAACCAGAUCAGAUCAUGCACUCACUCAAGAAACAAGCAUUUGAGAUUGGUAUUACAACAGGAACAAUGACA